AUGAAUACAGAGACUAAAGUAGAGGAUUUAACGGCUAGUGAUGAUAUAGAGUUUAAGAAGAAAUUCUAUUUGAUACUCAAGAGUUCUCUCUCGGGAGAUGAAGCGGCACACAAGGUGCUGGCCGAGCGCGUUUCAGAUGAUGCCAAGAGUAAAGUGGUAGAUAUAAUAGUGCGAUCAAGCAUACAGGAGCCGACAUACUCAAAAUUCUACGGUCUGCUUUCGGAAAGACUUUGUGCGACACAUAGCUCAUGGGUUGAAGGCUAUAAGCACGUUCUUUUGGACAAUUAUACAAACAUGAACACAUUUGAGCCCGCCCAGUUGCGUAUUAUUGGUAAACUAUGGGGGCAUAUAUUUGCUGCAGAUUAUCUUGGCUUUGAGUUAUUUGAAAACUUCAGAAUGAAUGAGGAAGAUAGCUCUCCCGCUACAAGGAUAUUUUUGAAGUUUUUGUUUCAGGAACUGGUAGCUGAAUUGGGUAUCAAUGAGCUACAAGCCCGUUUGAAUGAGGACUACAUCAAGCCGUUCUUGAAGAAUCUAUUUCCAGAAGAAGACCUGGAUGACAUGAGAUAUUCUAUCAACUAUUUUACAUCCAUAGGUCUUGGUGUUUUAACCAAGAGAAUGCGAGAUGAUGUUAGUUCCAUUGAAGAACAAGAAAAGAAGGUACGAGAGGCAGAGAGGUUGAAAGAAGAAGAAUCGAGACCUGAGGGGCCAUCAGACACAUGGAGGUCAAGGAAACCCUUACCUAGUCAAGAGAACAAGUAUUCAAAAACGUCAGCUAAAGAUAGGAGGUUUUCACGCAGAGAUGGUGGUAAUUCGAGAAAGAGUGUUGGAAAAAGGUCAAGAACACCACCUCGCAGUAGGUACAACUCAAAUACCAAAUCAGAUAGAAAGCCUCGAUCUAGGACACCGCCAAGGAGAAGGAAUAGAUCUCGUAGUCCAAGGCGAUAG